UGUAGAAUUAAUAAAAUAGAAAACUAUAUAAAAUAAUAUGUGAAAUAAAAAUUAAUUCAAAAUAACCAUAAAAUUAUAUAGAGUGUGAAAUAAAAUUUGAUAAGCUAAAAAAAAAAUCUAAUUUCAUUUAUUAUUAAUCAGAGUACAUGUUUUUUAAACUGGACCUGGAAAGGAGAAAAGAUAUCAAUUCUUGUGUACGUGAAAUUGUGGGUGCUUGUGCGAUUCGAUAAGAGACAAGAGACAGAACCAGAGGGAGAAAGAGAAAGAUAAAGGUCGAUGAGGGCUGGGGUUAAGAGAAAAGAAUGCGGAAGGAGUACAGCAGCCAUGGCAGCUCCGCCACUGUUGGCGGAAGUGGUGAUCCACGGAGGCGACUGAUAGACCUAGUUUGAGAUGGUCAAUCUCCAGAAGACAAUGAGGAAGGAAAAGAAGACUUGGGGCAAUAUUCUCUGUACAUUAAUUGAAUGUAAAUUGCUGUUGGGAAUCAAAAACCUUCUCAACAAAAGCAAAACUUCUACCUUUGCAACGUAGAUAUCCAAUUCCUCCUACUUAUAUAACAGUUGUAUUUGUUUGUUGUAGCUGCAAUGGAGCAGCUUCUGCACUUCACUCAUGAUCAUAUGCUCAACCUUGUCCAUCUGCAACCAAACCACGACAAUAAAAAUGAAAACUCUGAUGAAGAAGAAGAAGAGAAAGAAGAAGGUGAGGAGGAUGAUUUUGUGGCUGAAGAGAAGCAUGUUGGACAGUGCAAAAUGUGUAAGGAAGGGAUUUAUUCAUUCCAUAUGAGUUACUACGAGUGUAAGGAUUGUGAUGAUGACUACUCCUUGCACAAAAUUUGUGCAGAAAUGCCAAAAACCCUACAAAACCACCCAUCACAUGAUCCGCAUCCCGACCAUAAUCUUACCUUGUCUGAGGGAUUUCAGAGAUCUGAUGAUCCCUAUUUUACUCCUGAUUCUGAAUGGACAUGUGGUGUCUGCAAUCUUAAGCGGAAGAACUUGUUUAAUUACCAUUGUUCCAUUUGCGGAAUCAAUAUGGACAUAAUAUGUGCUACUAUGUCUCAACAAAAGAUGGACCACCCAAGCCACCCUCACCAACUGCAACGUAUGCCCAAGAAAAUGGUAUCCUGUUGCAAUGCUUGUGGCGAGGAACAUCAAGGGACCUUCUACCACUGCACCACCUGUUUUUGCUACUCCAUCCACUUAGAUUGUGCUUUGUUGCCUGCCAAGUUACUUAUCCAACAACAUACUGAUGCCACUUUCACUCAUUCUCAUCCACUUACCCUUGCCUAUUCCUUUCCUCGAGUUGAUAGAGCAGCUAAGUACUAUCCCAAGUGCAGAGUUUGUAUGAAGGGCUUCUAUAUUUACUUUUGGCUUUACAAAUGCGAUAAAUGUCAAUACUAUGUCCAUAUUAAUUGUGCGACUUCAAAGACAGAGCCAUUUAUGUCAAUCUUCUUACAUCCAGGUAGUGGCAAGAUUUAUAAAAAUUUCAAAGACGAUGAUUAUCCUAAUCUUCUCCACUGUCCAUUUCCGGAUGAAAGUUACAACCUUCUCAGACACUAUUUUUUAAAUAAUAAGAAAGAGUUUAUUACUAUGAUUAAAGAAGAAGAGCAUGGCGGUGAAAUGCUCAACCAUUUUAGUCAUCAACACCCACUAAUUCUUUUAGACUCACACACGCAACAAACAUCACUCAUUGUUCUUCACAACCCCAUGAAGAAAAUUCAAGUAUUAUGUGACGGAUGUUUGAAACCAAUUACUGAAAUGCCAUUUUAUAAGUGUUCUGAAAUAAGUAGUUGUGGUUUUGUUCUUCAUGAGUGGUGUGCCAGGCUACCUUCCCAAAUACAACACCACCCGGGUCAUCCAGAGCAUGUGCUUGUUCUCGUGUCAAAGAACCCUCAUCAAUUAUUGGGUUUAUUUUUCUGUGACAUUUGCAGAUUACCUGGUAAUAGUUUCGCAUAUGGAUGCAUUGCAUGUGACUAUUAUGUGGAUAUCAAUUGUGCAUUCCUACCUAAAGAAAUCACACAUGAAGCUCACCCAGGCCAUCUCCUCUCAAGAAUCAAUGCUUCUUCAGCUGAUCUAUCAAAAAAAUUAUGCAAUUCAUGUGAGUGUUACCUCCAAGAUUGCAAUAUCGCUUUCCAUUGCCCCUCUUGCGAUUUCUACUUGGAUACGGAGUGUGCUUUGUUGUUUCCUGGAAUGAUGAGGCACAAGUUCGAUAAGCAUCCAUUGAGCCUGAGAUACAAUCCAGUUGAGAACCACCCUGGCGAUUACUUCUGUGAAAUUUGUGAAGACAAAUUUGACCCUAAAAACUGGUUCUAUCAUUGUAGUUCUACUUGUGCCCAGUCCAUGCAUCCUGCUUGUGCGCCCUUAAUCCUUGAGUGUGAAAAACAUGUAUAUGCCAUGUUUAAAAGAGGUGUCUUUUGUUAUAUGAAUGUCAAGUUUGAAGGGACGAUUGAGAUCCAAAGACUUCACGAACAUCGGCUAUCCUUUCUUCAAGGGAUUCAGUCUCAUGGUCUAUGCAAAGUGUGUGGCAAAGAAUUGCAGUAUAAUAUGAUCUUUAAGUGCUUGAAGUGUGAGUAUUCAGUUCAUGGUACGUGUGCUUCUUCAUUUGGCAAUUGAUCAAGUUAUGUGCUUAAUUGAUGCUUGGUGUAACUAAACACUUGUACCUUUGUUAUUUGUAUCUUUAAAUCAUUCAUUUAAUUAGUUGUCA